AUGCCAUCCGCCAGGGCGUCCGGGCCCACCACUAACCCCAAUAUCAGCGAGAUGGAAGCCGAUCCCGAAACCAAAGCCGACGUGAACUGGAUGAUCCUGGACUACCUUACGAGCAUUGCUAUCAAUCAGACCCUGUCCGUCGCAGAGAACACCAGUCAGGGAUCGGAGGAUUCAGAGGAGGUGGACUGGCUAGUAGAUGCAGUGGGAGCCUUUCGAUCAAUAACACUGCCCGAGACCUCCUUGCCCCAGGACCUGGAUAUCAAGAUCCGGAUUCUCGCAGUGGCCCAUCAUAUCCGCCACUAUAUGCGUGCUCAGGAGCAUCGUUCUCGCGAAGGUUGUUCUGUGCUGUCAGAGAUAGGUAUUGAAUUCAUGGACCUCUGUUCGGCAGCCGUCCACAAGGUCUCUGAAACCAGAUGGUUCGACAUCGGCGCCCGGUUUAUGGUACAGGCCGUGCUAGAAGAGGAAUGCGACGGGAACACACCCUCCGAUAUCCUUUCCAGACUAUGUGCGUGGGCACCCGAUGACCCGGCGCGAAAUUCGAAAUGGAUGAAGAUUCGUCAGAGCUACACCAAUGAGUUGCCCAAGCAUAACGAUAUGUCAGCGGCACGAAAUGGUCUCAAUCGCAAGUUUCCAUUCGAAGAAUUCAGAUGCCUUGUUCUGGUCUUUCUGGUUGACCUGAUGACCACCCUGGAUCCACCUCUUCUCAUCCAACUCGAACGGGGUAAAAUCGGCAAUCUCAGCCGCGACGAGACCCAACGGCUCAAGGAACGCGUCGGGCUGCAAUGA